GGCUCUUUGGCUUUCUUUCUUUUCUUUUUCUUCUUUUCCUAAACUUUUUUGAUUAUUACAUACAUAUUUUCUUUUUCUAGCAGUCCUUUUCUGUCCUCUUAUUUUCUAUAGCUGCUAUUAAAUUUAGCACUUAACAACCAGUUGCAGCUAUACAAUAUUCCAUAGAAAAGAUAAGCCUCAGCUUAUUGAGAUCAAUUUACAAUCCAACAUGGGCAGUAAUAUUUCGCGUGAUUCAUCCAUAUCUAAUUUCGCAUCACAGCAGCAGCAGCAGCAGCAACAACAGCGACAAGCAAUAGGCACGUCACCAAAUACCAUCAGAUCGAAAACGGGCAGUCGAGUGGGAAGCAUAGACACGUUUCAUAAGAACAGUACUAAUAAUAAAUACUCGAUCAAUGAAGAGCGACAGAAUCCUGCAUCAUCAUUACCUGCUUCAAAAAAGACAGGCAAACGAAUAAUUGCCGGAAGAACCUAUCAUGCAAACCCUGCCAGUGCUUACAUGCUCCCUAUGGACGAUAAAGAAAUCGAUCGAUUACAUGAAGAGCAUUUUGUCACAAAAGAGUUACUUGGAUUUAAUUUCAUGAAUGAAGCUAUAAAUCAACUAGAUUUUCAAUCCGGCGGACUGGAGAUUUUAGAUGUAUGUUGCGGUCCUGCAACAUGGCUCUGCGAAGCAAGUCUGGAAUACCAGAAUUGCCAAUUUACAGGCAUUGAUAUGUCUAGUUUAUGGCCCCAAAUCAUUCGCCCUUCUAAUGUUACUUUUAAAGAAGCCGAUGUUCUACAAGGACUUCCAUUUCCAGACCAAACCUUUGACUUUAUACAAAUGAGAUUCGUAGUACUUGCUUUUCGAGUAAAUGAAUGGCCCUUUGUACUGUCCGAAAUCAAACGAGUUCUAAAGGACGGAGGAUGCUUCCAAUGUAUUGAGCUGGAUAUGCGCAUUACUACAGCAGAUCCGUUCGCAAAAUCCUAUACAGAGACUUUCGAAUCAUUCUGUGCCUCAAUGGGAUUAGAUAUUACAGCAGGAGCGAAGUUAGAGUCAUUAUUGAGUAGAAAAGAAAAGCGAAAAGGAGACACAACAACAGAAGUAGGAGGAGAAAAUAAGAACCAUCCUAUUGACCAUCAUAUGCAAGUAUUACGAAGCGAAUAUCGAGAAGUGCCGUUAGGUUGGGGAGGACCCAUUGGCGAUGCUUACUUGAGCCUAUAUCAAGGUGUGCUGGAAGGGUUAUCGCCAUGGUUCAAACCACACCAAUAUUAUCAGCAGCAGCAGCAGCAAAACUACGAUCAGUUUCUCCAUCGAGUCAAACACGGUUUGCAUCAAUCAAGAUCGUAUAUGGGCUUAUAUGCCAUUUUGGCACAAAAGCCUUCCAUGACUGACCCCGACUUUGGCAACCGUACAACAAAUUGAUUCUACUAGCGUUAUUGUUUCCUUCAUUGUGUAAACACCCCCUUCUUUCCAGAUUUCUGUAUUUGUUAACAGUUUUACAUACAAAUUCUUCUAACCAUCACUGACUAAUUUUCCUAAUAAUAUCAAUAUAUAUUAUUGAAAUAUACCUUCUUUCAAUCUGGGACAUAAUUAUCCUUAGAAGAGUAAACACGGUUACGAACCUCAUUUUAAAGCCGUUUUUCCACUGAGCACUGUGAUGUUAUCCCC